AUGUGUAAAUUUCAUAAUCAUUUAUUCGUAUUCGCUGUGUAUUGCUUUUUAGUUGUAGUAGCAAGCAAACCAUUUGAGCCCAAUUUAAAAGGGCCAAACGACCACUUAAAUGAACUAUUGGCUUUAAGUCUUCUAACACCUAAGGAUGAUUAUGACUUGCACUACGACCAGAGACAGAAAGGAAAUGAGAAUUAUCGUUUAAAAUUAGACGGAUUCUUUUUGGCUUUACCGCAAGAAGAUGAUUCGUCUUUACUGCUGCUAACCGAAGAAUUGCUCGAAAAUUUAGAUGAAGACAUAUCAUUUGAUAAACAAAGAUUUCCUAUGUCUACAAGAACCAAUGGGUCAAUAACUGGUUUAAAUUUGAAUACACGUUCCGUUUCGAAGCCGGAAGUAGUUUUUGUGGAAAUGCCAGGUAAAAAAAUGCAGAACAAGGCCAGAAAUAAUAUAGACCCGUUAGGUAACGAUGAAGACGUUACAAGGCCUAAGUCUUAUCUAUACCGUUUUUUAAAUAUGCUGAAGCGUAAUCGUAAAGUUUAA